GAGGAAGCUCCGUCUGAGUUCGCACCGGUCCUGUACGUCUGGCUCGUCAAUAUAUAAAGCUGCAAACGCAAAGUCGAGUCCAGAAAGGUAGACCUGGUUCUACCUAAUUCGAAACACAAACAGCGUUAUUCGUAAUUCGGGCGAUCAGUGAAGAUCAUUGCGUAGAUCACUCAAGUGUUCUACAUAAGACCUAAAGGACCUAGAGUCUUGCCGUUUACUUCCAUGGUUCUUCCAGCACAGUCUCCUGAAUCGGUAUAUAAGGUAGGACCUGCAGAGGGUAUCAGUCAUUCUUCCCAAUCUUUCCCUUUGACUGAUAAUGUUCAACUCUGCUUUCUACCGGUUUUUGUUCACGUCCAGCGUCCUAGCGCUUGUGUCAGCUAGUCCAGACGCAGAGCUUGUAACCCGUGCCGAUUGCGUCGUCGACUCUGUCUCUUCUGCGUCGUCGAUUUCCAGCUGCUCUGCGGUUACUAUCAAUGCCUUCACUGUUGCAAACGGAAGCACAUUGACGCUUUCUCCCAAGUCGGGUGCGACAAUCACCAUGGCUGGUGAUGUCACGUUUGCCCAAACCUCCAGCACUGGACCUCUGUUCACCAUUGACGGCGAAAGUAUUACAUUCAAAGGCGCUGGAUUUAAGUUCGACGGAAAUGGAGCUAAGUACUGGGACGGUAAUGGUACGAACGGCGGUGUUGAUAAGCCCCACCCGUUCUUGAAGUUCAAGGGCUCCUGGAACUUACUCUCAAUUCACGGUCUUGAACAGCCCCUGCCCAAGCUAGUCUCUAUUGGUAACAGUAACGGGCUCACCUUUGACAGCAUCACUGUCGACAACAGCGCCGGCGAUACCAAUAGCCUGGGUCACAAUACUGACGGUUUUGAUGUUUCCGCUGACAACGUGACCAUCCAAAAUUCGAUUGUCAAGAAUCAGGAUGAUUGUAUUGCUAUCAACUCUGGCUCCACGAUUAUCUUCAAGAAUAAUCAGUGCUCUGGAGGCCACGGUAUUUCUAUUGGGUCCAUCGCCACAGGCAAAACAGUGUCCGGGGUUACUAUCUCCGGAAACACUGUUACCAACUCUAUGUAUGGUCUCAGAAUCAAAGUACAAAAGUCGGCCACGAACGCUAAAGUGUCUGGCAUCACAUACUCCGGCAACACCAUCAGCGGCAUUACAAAAUAUGGUGUUUUGAUCUCUCAGUCUUAUCCUGCCGAUGAUGGCACUCCUGGAACUGGUGGUCCCAUUUCGGACGUUAAUUUCACCGGAAAUGCGACCACCGUCCAGGUCGGCACUAAGGCCAAACGAAUGACCAUUAACUGUGGAGCUUGUUCAGGAACAUGGGACUUUUCCAAGUUGACGAUUACUGGUGGAUCGGCCGGUAGGACAAACACUACUGACAAUGCUACUGUCGGUCUUCUUUCUCCUGUGUUUAUAGAGAUCACUAAUGUCGAGGUUAGAUUGUCGGUGGAUCGUUUUAGAAUGCCGACGAACGCGCUCCGUUUUUAA